AUGUUUUUUGUACUUGUUGGUCUUGCUUUAAUUGGACUUGGUAUUUAUGUCAAAAUCGACAAUAAAUUUGCAACAGUCUUAAGUAAAUUUGCUGAAGUAAGCAAUUUUGAAGGACAAUCACUAGGAUUUCUAGCAUUCGUUUUAAUUGGUGGUGGUAUUUUUACACUUGUAAUUGCAGUAUCCGGUUGUUUAGGAUCUUUAUGGCACAAUCGAUGUUUAUUAUAUUUUUAUGCCAUCAUUCUUGGUAUUCUGAUGACUAUCGAAUUAGUUGGUUUUAUUUUAGCAUUCGCAUAUAAGGGCAAACUUGAAGAUGUAUAUAAAAAAAGUUUAACAACAGUCUUUACUAAUGCUCUAGUCAAAAACGAUACAAAAGUAUUAAAUGCUUUUCAUGACAUGGAAAAUUCAUUGAAAUGUUGUGGUGCAAAUGGCAAAAAGGAUUACACAGAAAGCGGAAGAGAUGCACCUAGUUGGUGUUAUCAAUAUCAACAAGGCUGCUCUACUAUUAUUAUUGAUAUUCUUCAAAAAAAUUUACCGAUCAUUGGAGGUAGUUUGGGUGCUGUUUUGUUGUUGGAAAUAAUGGGUUUCAUUGCUGCUAUUGUAUUAGCUGUAGCACUCAAACAUGCACCUGAUGAUACUUAUUCAUCAAGUCCUGGAGAAGUUAUUUCUUAUGUUGUACCAGGUCGACGUCGUAAUUACUAUAAACUUUAA